CCUAUAUAAAUUUUCCCAUGAAUACCAUCAAAUCAUUGGUCUUGAAGGGGAUCUAUGUAUGCAUGAACUAGGAAAAUAUUUGAGCAAAUUAAGAAGUCUAUACAAUUUACAGUCGAAAAGUAUAGCUUUUGUAUAGAUUUCGUACUGAAGGAACAAUUUCAUUUCCCAACACUGGGUGACUACAUUUAUGGCAGCCGAAUACGGGGCAAACAUACAGCCUUAUUAUGUAUCUCGAACGAUAGGCCGCACGAACGAUUCGUCUGUAGGCGAUAUCGUCACGGAUUGCAAUUUUGUAACUCUGUCGUUCGUCUUCGUCUUGUCUUUACGUCGAUUACGUUGCAAUCGUCUCGGUUACGUUGUAUGAUGUUGCCGGAUGAAAUUUUGAUGUACUUCCACAGAGUUUUUCUUAGAUUUCUAAUAUUUUCAGCUUAUUUCAAUGCUUUUUAUUUUAAAUGGGCAACAUCGGAAUUGUUUACAUUUUGGUUUUGCUUAAAAGUGUUUUGGUUGUGUUGCGGAAAGAAAUAUAAGGAAAAUUAAUUUUUAAAAAUGUAUGCUGCUAUAGCGCUAAUGGACGCCGAGGAAUCCGAAGAAAGGGAAAGGCGGAUACAGAGGAGGAGAUUGCGAGACCACACCAAUGCAAUGCAACUACCUGAGACUGAAUUUGUUGCAAAUUUCCGAAUCAAUAAAGAAAUGUUCCAAUACAUAUUAAACGAAUUAAAAGACCACAUGGCUCCAUCACAUAGAAGCACCCACCUAUCGCACCAGCUAAAACUCGCGACUUUUUUAAGAUUUCUCGCCACCGGCAGUUACCAAAAAUCUGUUGGUAACGAAAAUAUUUCGUCGAUGGGGCAGUCAACUGCAGCCAACGUGAUCAGGGAAUGCCUAAAUAUUUUUGAGGACCAUUUUUGCCAGAAAUGGGUGAAUUUUAGGAGAAACAUCGAUGAGGAAAAUGCAGUUAAAGAAUAUUUCUUUGAGAAAUACGGAAUACCUGGGGUUAUUGGUUGUGUUGAUGGAACACACGUUCGUAUUAAGUCGCCAGGAAGUGACAACCACCAUUUAUACCUCAACCGCAAGGGUUUUUACAGUCUUAAUGUAAUGGCGAUAUGCGAUCACAACAUGGUAAUCACAUUUGUUGACGCUAGGCAUCCAGGGGCGAAUCAUGAUUCAUUUGUUUGGAAUGUGAGUCACGCAGAACAGGAGCUAAAAUCUGAUUAUAACAAUGGAAAAACCAACACAUGGCUACUCGGUGAUUCUGGUUACCCCUUGCAGCCAUACUUGAUGACGCCAUUCAGAAGCGCAGCCGAUGAAAUUCAACGAGUUUACAACACAAAGCACUCGAAAGCUCGUAAUGUAAUUGAGAGAUGUUUCGGUGUUUUGAAAAACCGAUUUCGAUGUAUAAUUGGCUCGAGAGGGCUACACUAUUCACCAGAAAAAGUUACACAAAUUGUAAAUGUGUGCUGUGCUAUUCAUAACGUUUGUAUAUUUUUCAAACAUCAAAUUCCAUUGGAGAGCCCAGAUAUGGAGAAUCUUGUUAGUUACGAAGAAGAACUGGAAAACAGUAACAUUUCGAAUACAGCUGCCCUUAUUAGAAUGAGAAUAGCAGAGAGUUUGUUAUAAACGCAGUUUUAUUAUAAAGUAUGUGUGUCUAGAUUUCAGGUACACCAGCAAAAUUCAUUUGUCUUAAAAUUAAUAAAAUAUUUACAUAAAAAUUCAACAAAAUAUCUUUUCAGUCUUAAAUCCUAAAUCUACAUAUAAACUAAGUAAAUGCAACAAAA